AUGGUAAAACUCGCCAACCCGCUGUAUACGGAGUGGAUUUUGGAGGCCAUCAAAAAAGUGAAGAAGCAAAAACAGCGUCCUUCAGAAGAAAGGAUAUGCAAUGCAGUGUCUUCAUCCCAUGGCUUGGAUCGUAAAACUGUUCUAGAACAAUUGGAGUUGAGUGUCAAAGAUGGAACAAUUUUGAAAGUCUCAAAUAAAGGACUCAAUUCCUAUAAAGAUCCUGAUAAUCCUGGGCGAAUAGCACUUCCUAAACCUCGAAACCAUGGAAAAGUGGAUAAUAAACAAAAUGUAGACUGGAAUAAACUGAUCAAGCGGGCAGUCGAGGGCUUGGCAGAGUCCAGUGGCUCAACUUUGAAAAGCAUUGAACGUUUUUUGAAAGGUCAGAAGGAUGUGUCUGCAUUGUUUGGAGGCGGUGCUGCCUCUGGCUUUCACCAGCAGUUACGAUUGGCUAUUAAACGCGCCGUUGGCCACGGCAGACUCCUUAAAGAUGGACCUCUUUAUCGGCUCAACACUAAAGCAACCAAUGUGGAUGGGAAAGAGAGUUGUGAGUCUCUUUCUUCUUUACCUCCAGUGUCACUCCUUCCACAUGAAAAAGAUAAGCCAGUUGCUGAACCAAUCCCCAUCUGUAGUUUCUGUCUUGGUACAAAAGACCAAAACCGAGAAAAGAAGCCAGAGGAACUAAUCUCAUGUGCAGACUGCGGCAACAGUGGUCAUCCAUCCUGUUUAAAGUUUUCCCCCGAGCUAACGGUUAGAGUGAAGGCCUUACGGUGGCAGUGCAUUGAGUGUAAAACGUGCAGCUCCUGUCGAGAUCAAGGCAAAAAUGCAGAUAACAUGCUCUUUUGUGAUUCCUGUGACCGAGGUUUUCACAUGGAGUGUUGUGAUCCGCCCCUCACCCGGAUGCCAAAAGGCAUGUGGAUAUGUCAGAUAUGUCGACCUAGGAAAAAAGGACGAAAACUUCUACAGAAGAAGGCGGCACAGAUAAAACGGCGCUAUGCUAAUCCAAUAGGACGUCCAAAAAACAGGUUAAAGAAACAAAACACGGUGUCAAAAGGUCCCUUCAGCAAAGUUCGAACAGGCCCUGGAAGGGGUCGGAAACGUAAAAUCACUCUCUCCAGCCAGUCAGCAUCAUCAUCAGAAGACGGAUAUCUAGAGCAAAUAGAUGGCUUGGACUUCUGCAGAGAUGGCAGCGUCCCCUUGAAGUUCAAUAAGAAAACCAAAGGGCUCAUCGAUGGCCUUACCAAAUUCUUUACCCCUUCCCCUGAUGGGCGGAAACCUCGAGGGGAGGUGGUGGACUACUCUGAGCAAUAUAGAGUCAGGAAAAAGGGCAACAGAAAAUCAAGCACUUCAGAUUGGCCCACAGACAAUCAGGAUGGCUGGGACGGCAAACAAGAAAGUGAGGAACGGCUUUUUGGGAGCCAGGAAAUCAUGACUGAGAAAGAUAUGGAAUUAUUUCGUGAUAUCCAAGAACAAGCACUGCAGAAAGUUGGAGUGACCGGUCCCCCUGAUCCACAAGUCCGCUGCCCCUCUGUUAUUGAGUUUGGGAAGUAUGAAAUCCAUACCUGGUACUCUUCUCCAUAUCCUCAAGAAUACUCAAGGCUGCCUAAGUUGUAUCUCUGUGAAUUCUGUCUAAAAUAUAUGAAAAGUAGAACUAUUCUACAGCAGCACAUGAAGAAAUGUGGUUGGUUCCAUCCUCCUGCUAAUGAGAUUUAUAGAAAGAAUAACAUUUCUGUCUUUGAGGUUGAUGGGAAUGUGAGUACCAUUUAUUGUCAGAACCUGUGUCUCUUGGCAAAAUUGUUUCUUGACCACAAAACACUCUAUUAUGACGUGGAGCCAUUUCUUUUUUAUGUACUAACCCAGAAUGAUGUCAAGGGCUGCCACCUUGUUGGCUAUUUUUCUAAAGAAAAGCACUGCCAACAGAAGUACAACGUUUCCUGUAUAAUGAUUCUUCCCCAGUACCAACGCAAGGGCUAUGGCAGGUUUCUCAUCGAUUUCAGUUAUUUGUUAUCAAAGCGUGAAGGCCAAGCAGGGUCUCCAGAGAAACCGUUAUCCGAUCUAGGUCGUCUUUCCUACAUGGCUUAUUGGAAAAGUGUAAUAUUGGAGUGCCUUUAUCACCAAAACGACAAGCAAAUCAGCAUUAAGAAGUUAAGUAAGUUGACUGGAAUCUGCCCUCAAGACAUUACUUCCACACUCCACCACCUGCGAAUGCUGGACUUCCGGAGUGACCAAUUUGUGAUUAUCCGCCGGGAAAAACUGAUCCAAGAUCACAUGGCAAAGCUUCAGCUGAAUCUGCGGCCCGUGGAUGUAGAUCCAGAGUGUUUGCGCUGGACUCCUGUCAUAGUCUCCAAUUCCGUCGUAUCAGAGGAGGAGGAAGAGGAGGAGGAAGAGGAGGAGGAGGAAGAGGAGGAGGAGGAGGAGGAGGAGGAGGAGGGAGAACAGGAAGAGCCUCAGAGCCAGGAAGGAGAAUUAGAGCCGAGUGUGGGGAAGUCUGCAUCUCGUGAGAACAAAGAACAAGAUUCUUAUUCUUCAGUAGAAAGUGAAAAGAAACCAGAAGUUACAGCACCAGCCAGUUCUACGCGUCUGAACAAACAGGUCCUUCCCCGAGACAGUCUUCCUGCCAAUAAUCAGCCAUCUCGGAGAGGCCGCUGGAGGAGGAAGAACAGAAAAGCCCAGGAGCGCUUUGGUGAUGAGGAUUCAAAACUGCUUUUGGAAGAGACAUCAGCUCCUCCGGAGCAGUAUGGAGACUGUGAGGAAAAAUCAGAAACCUGCCAAGAACAGUACACGGAAGGCCAGGAGCAGUCGGCAGCCUCGCAGGAGCAGCCGAGCCAGGACGCGAAGCCAGACGGUCCCAAAAGAAGACCGAGUGAGGGGCUCGAGCUCUGGCGAGGACCGCUCAAGAAAAGCCCCGAGCCUCUGAAGUGUGGGCUGCCAGAAAGCCACGACAGGCUGCCCCGUCGCUACAGUGAAGGUCGCUACAGCGAUGGGGACAGGGCCCUCCUGCGGGGCUGCAGCGAGAGCAGUGAGGAGGAGGGGGAGCCCGAGAGCCCGCGGUCCAGCUCGCCCCCGGUCCUCACCAAGCCCACGCUGAAGCGGAAGAAACCAAUUCUUCACCGAAGAAGGCGAGUCCGAAAGCGCAAACACCACAAUAGCAGUGUGGUCACAGAAACCAUUUCUGAGACCACGGAGGUCUUAGACGAGCCUUUUGAAGACUCUGACUCCGAGAGGCCGAUGCCAAGAUUAGAACCCACGUUUGAGAUUGACCAGGAGGAAGAGGAAGAGGAUGAGAACGAGCUCUUCUCUCAAGGGUACUUCCGUCACUUGUCCUCACAGGACGUUCUCAGGUGUCGACCCGCUUCUAAGAGGAAGUCUAAAGACAGAGAUGAAGACGAAGAUUCAGAUGAUGCUGAUGACACUCCUAUCCUAAAGCCAGUAUCUCUUUUGAGAAAAUGUGAUGUGAAGGAUUCUCCACUUGAGCCAGAUACGUCCACGCCCAUGAAAAAGAAGAAGGGAUGGCCCAAGGGCAAGAGCCGCAAACCAGUCCACUGGAAGAAAAGACCUGGUCGCAGGCCGGGACUUAAACUGAAUCGGGAGCUGGCAGCCAUUUCUACUCGAGAAUGCGUUGUUGAGCCUGUUGUCCCCCUUCCUGAGCCUGGACGUGAACCCCAAGUUCAAGAGAACCAGGAAGCUGUUGGACCACGAGAAGACUUGCCUUUAAGGGAGGAAAGGAAGGAAGGGGAGGAGCUGCCCCUGGAAGCGGAGGAGGGGGAGGAGGGGGAGGAAGGGGAGGAGGAGGAGGACACCACCAGCAGUGACGUCAGGGCGGCCUCUCCGGCGGACAGUUGCAGCCCCGAGACCGGAGCCAAGGGGCCCGAGGUGGGCGAGGAGGAGGAGGAGCCCCACGCCCCUGUGGGGCAGCAGCCGUCGGAAGAGGGGCCGCAGGAGCUGGGCCAGUGUGCACGUGAGGAGGAGGAGGAGGAGGAGGACGCCGCCGCUGCGGAGACCCAGCAGAGCGAAGACCGCGACGCGGAUGAUGAGGACGACGGCCACCUGGAGUCCACAGAGAAGAAGGGCCCGGGGGAGCAGCUGGCUGGGGGCGACGUCAAGGAGGAGCACGGUGGCCAGGAGUCUUUUUUAGAUCCUGAUGUGCACGGCAGUCGGGAGCACGCAAAAGACAAGGAGGAGACAGAGCCGGAUUCCGAAGAAGAGCAGACUUCCCACGAAGCGUCCGUGGUCUCGGAGCACAUGCCGGGCUCUGAGGACGACCACGAGGAGGACCCCCACUCUAAAGACGAGCUGCUGCAGCUGAAAGAGGAGGCGGACAUCCCUCACAGUGACCUGGAUCUGGAAACCGUGCAGGCCGUGCAGUCUUUGACUCAGGAGGAGAGCAGCGAGCAUGAGGGCGCCUACCAGGACUGCGAGGAGACCCUGGCGGCCUGCCAGACCCUGCAGAGCUACACCCAGGCAGACGAGGACCCGCAGCUGCCCCUGGUGGAGGACUGCCACGCCUCGGAGCACAACAGCCCGCUGUCUUCUGUCCAGUCCCACCCCAGCCAGUCGGUGCGCUCGGUCGGCAGUCCCAGCGUGCCUGCCCUCGAAGGGGGCUACACCCAGAUCAGCCCGGAGCAAGGAUCCCUGUCCGCACCGUCUAUGCAGAACAUGGAGACCAGCCCCAUGAUGGAUGUGCCUUCUGUAUCGGACCACUCCCAGCAGGUGGUGGACAGCGGCUUCAGCGACCUGGGCAGCAUCGAGAGCACCACGGAGAACUAUGAGAACCCCAGCAGUUACGACUCCACUAUGGGCGGCAGCAUCUGCGGGAACAGCUCCUCCCAGAGCAGCUGCUCCUACAGCGGCCUGUCGUCCUCCAGCAGCCUCACCCAGAACAGCUGCGUGGUCACCCAGCAGAUGGCCGGCGUGGGCGGCAGCUGCAGCCUGAUGCCGCAGAGCAGCGUCCCGCCCGCCGCCGCCACCUGCAGCAUCAAGUCCCCUCAGAGCUGCGCAGUGGAGCGGCCUCCCAGCACCCAGCAGCCACCGGCGCCCCAGCCGCCCCCGCAAGCGCCGCCCGCCCCGCCACCGGCCCCGGCACCAAGGUCCGCCCCAGCCUGUGACCCCGCCUCAAGGUCCGCUCUCCGGCCUGUCCAUCGGCCCCAGCUCCAAUUUGAGAUCCGCCCACAGGCCCGUUCAUCAUCCUGCCCGGCUCAAUCCAGGCCCGUCCAGCAGCCACGCCCACAGCUUGUCCAUUGGUCCGAUUUCGACCCGAUCUCUACUAACGGCCCGCCCAGACUUACCCGGGGCGAACGGCGCCCCCAACGCCCGCAGCAGCAGCAGCAGCAGCAGCAGCAGCAGCAGCAGCCCCCACUGUCCCAGUGCAGCAUGAACAGCAGUUUUACCCCAGCGCCCAUGAUCAUGGAGAUCCCAGAAUCUGGAAGCACGGGGAACAUCAGCAUCUACGAGAGGAUCCCUGGGGACUUUGGGGCCGGCAGCUACUCCCAGCCGUCAGCCACCUUCAGUCUAGCCAAGUUGCAGCAGCUGACCAACACCAUUAUGGACCCUCAUGCCAUGCCUUAUAGCCAUUCUCCUGCUGUGACUUCCUAUGCAACCAGUGUUUCUCUGUCCAACACGGGACUGGCUCAGCUGGCUCCGUCGCACCCCUUGGCUGGGACGCCUCAAGCACAAGCCACCAUGACGCCGCCCCCGAACUUGGCCUCCACUACCAUGAACCUCACGUCCCCUCUGCUGCAGUGCAACAUGUCUGCCACCAACAUUGGCAUCCCCCACACUCAGAGGCUGCAAGGGCAGAUGCCAGUCAAGGGGCACAUCUCCAUCCGCUCCAAGUCCGCGCCCCUGCCCUCCGCGGCAGCUCACCAGCAGCAGCUGUAUGGCCGCAGCCCACCUGCGGUCGCCAUGCAGGCUGGCCCUCGUGCGUUGGCUGUUCAGCGUGGCAUGAACAUGGGGGUUAAUUUGAUGCCAACCCCUGCCUAUAAUGUCAAUUCCAUGAAUAUGAACACCUUGAACGCCAUGAACAGCUAUCGGAUGACGCAGCCCAUGAUGAACAGCAGUUACCAUAGUAACCCUGCCUACAUGAACCAGACAGCACAGUAUCCUAUGCAGAUGCAGAUGGGGAUGAUGGGGAGCCAGGCCUAUACCCAGCAGCCUAUGCAGCCAAACCCUCAUGGAAACAUGAUGUACACGGGCCCCUCCCAUCACAGCUACAUGAACGCUGCUGGCGUGCCCAAGCAGUCACUCAACGGACCUUACAUGAGAAGAUGA